CAUUCAUGUGUCCCGCCAGAGAUCAGUGCACAGGAAUCUGAUUGCCAUGGCGAAAAACGGCGAUGGUCGAUCCGAUUCCAGGCCUGCCGAUGGGAGUAGCCCUCCCCAAGGAGGCCAUGAUGGCCUGUGGCGCGUUCCACCGGGGGCAUGGCGUGCGAUCUGCGUGGCCGGGGUGGUGGGUGCGGUAGCCAUGGUGGCUGCAUACCUGAAACACCGGGCAGAGGAACGGCAGGUGCUGGAGACUGCGAAGCUCACUGCUGUCGGGAUCAAGGACACAGUGCGUGUGAUUCGGGCAGUGGGAAAGGCCCAUGCGACCAUCAGCCAGGCAGCAGCGUCCGUUGGGGAAGCAGUUUUCUCUGUGGGGGAAGCAGUGGCCUCAGUGGGGGGGGCAGUGGAGGACGCGGCAGUGGGGGCCAGCACGGUGGGUGCUGAGGUGGCGCAGGAGGUGGCAGGCGCGGUGCAGGGGAUGGCAGAAGCCGUUCAGGAGGUGGCGGAGGCCUGGCGGCAGACCGGGUGGCAGGUGGUGGCACGGAGUGCGGAGGUGGGGAGCGGGGUGCAGGGCGCAGUGAGGGGCGCAGUGAGUGGGAGGAUCGAGACUCUGGUGGUGGAUGCUGGUGCGCGGGUGCGUGUGAAGGAAGAGGACAGCUUGUGGGGCAUGGCACGGCAACAGCAGGAGCAAGGGGAUGAGGAGGAGCAAGGGGGUGAGGAGGAGCAAGGGGGUGAGGAGGAGCAAGGGGGUGAGGAGGAGCAAGGGGGUGAGGAGGAGGAGCAAGGGGGUGAGGAGGAGCAAGGGGGUGAGGAGGAGCAAGGGGGUGAGGAGGAGCAAGGGGGUGAGGAGGAGCAAGGGGGUGAGGAGGAGCAAGGGGGUGAGGAGGAGCAAGGGGGUGAGGAGGAGCAAGGGGUGAGGAGGAGCAAGGGGGUGAGGAGGAGGAGCAAGGGGGUGAGGAGGAGCAAGGGGGUGAGGAGGAGCAAGGAGCUGCAGGGCAAUCUGUGUUAUGUGUGGCACCCACCAUGCUCCAUCUACCCACCAUGCUCCAUCUGCCCACCAUGCUCCAUCUGCCCACCAUGCUCCAUCUGCCCACCAUGCUCCAUCUGCCCACCAUGCUCCAUCUGCCCACCAUGCUCCAUCUGCCCACCAUGCUCCAUCUGCCCACCAUGCUCCAUCUGCCCGCCAUGCGCCAUCUGCCCGCCAUGCGCCAUCUGCCCGCCAUGCGCCAUCUGCCCACCAUGCGCCAUCUGCCCGCCAUGCGCCAUCUGCCCGCCAUGCGCCAUCUGCCCACCAUGCGCCAUCUGCCCGCCAUGCGCCAUCCCGCAUGGAUGCUGCACUCUCCCGUUGUGAUCCCAUCGUUGUGACCGUGGACCAUUGGAUGGCAUGCCCACAUGCGUUGCGCUGCUCUCCCUCAGGUGCCGCUGGGCGCGCUGCGGAGGGCGAACCCCCAAGUGAAAGGGCGAACCCCCAAGUGAAAGGGCGAACCCCCAAGUGAAAGGAGAUCAGGUGGUGGAGGGGACUUGCCUCGCCCUUCCACAUGUUCUAGUCAACGAGUUGGUGGAAACGCAAGUGGUGGCCUUGGAAUAGUACAACCAUAAGGCGGAUAUACGGUUACCAUAUGCUGUGUUGAGCCAUCUCUAUUCC